AUGCAGGAACCCGCACCGCUCUCCAGCCGUACCUUCCUCCUCCACGGCGUGACCGGUAGCGGAAAGACCGAGGUCUACCUGCGGGCCAUCGCCCACGCCCUCCGCCUGGGCAGAAGGGCAGCGUUCUUGGUGCCCGAGAUCGCCCUCACCCCCCAGACGCUGGAGCGUGUCAACGCCUGGUUCUCGGGACGGGUCGCUCUGCUCCACAGCAAGCAGACAGCCCGCCAGAAGUUCGACCAGUGGUGGGACAUACGCGGCGGGGCCUACGACGUCGUUGUCGGCCCGCGCAGCGCCCUGUUCGCGCCGGUCGAAAACCUCGGCUUGAUAGUCAUAGACGAGGAGCACGAGUGGACCUACAAGCAGGACGAAUCAGCGCCGCUGUAUCACGCCCGCACCGCAGCCCUGGAACUGGCACGCAACACCGGGGCCGUGGUGGUCCUGGGCAGCGCAACACCCUCGGUGGAGACCUACUACCACGCCUCUCGCGGGCGGGUCCGCCUGCUGCCCCUUCCCUACCGCGUGGUGGCGGGUGAAGCUCCGGGCGGCUCCCCGGUACCGGCCCGCGCUCCCCUGGCCCGGGUCGACCGCGCCCUUUCCGACGCCCUGCGUCAGUGCCUCGCCGACGGCAACCAGGCCAUCCUCUUCCUGAACCGGCGCGGCUCAUCCUCGAUAGUGCAAUGCCGGGACUGCGGGCACGUUGCCUCCUGCCGACGCUGCACCACCUCGCUGACCUGGCACUCCGGCCCAGCCCGUCUGCUGUGCCACCAGUGCAACUAUUCGCGGCGCCCGCUGGAACAGUGCCCCGAGUGUCGCAGCGCCCGCAUACGUCAGCUGGGAAUAGGGACCGAACGCGUCGUCGCCGAGGUCAGUGAACUCUUCCCCGGCGUCCGGGUCGACCGCCUGGACUCCGACGCCGCUCGCUCCGCAGGCGCCGCCGAGGACGCCGUGGCACGGUUGGCCUCCGGCGAGACCCAGGUGCUGGUGGGCACCCAGAUGGUCGCCAAGGGGUUGGAUGUGCCCAACGUGGCAUUGGUGGGCGUGGUCCUGGCCGACAUUGGGCUCCACGUCCCAGACUUCCGGGCGGGUGAGCGGGCCUUCAGCCUGCUAUGCCAGGUCUCCGGACGGGCAGGCCGAGGCGACAUUCCCGGCCGGGUGUUCGUCCAGACCUACAACCCUGACCAUUACGCAAUCCAGGCCGGUGCCGGGCAGGACUACAGGGAAAUGUAUGACCAGGAAAUCGAGUCCCGCCGGCAGUUGGGGAACCCGCCCUUCAACCAGCUUGCCCACGUUGUCUACCAGAACUCCGACGCCGAUGCAUGCCAGCGCCAGGCCGUUGCCAUUGCCGACGAGCUGAAGCGCAGGGCAACCGCUCAGGGUCGCACCGACAUCGAUGUCACAGGCCCGGCCCCUGGUUUGCCGCCGCGCCUUCGAGGCCGCCACCGCUGGCGCCUGCUGCUUCGCGGACGCAAUCUGCCCGAGUUCCUGGAUGAUGUGGACUUCCCCGCGGGUAGCACCGUCGACAUCGACCCCGCGCACGUCACCUGA